CCGAUUGACGGUAUAUAUGAAGGUAUGUACGGCACACGAGAGUUUAAGGAGACAAUUGGAAAAGGGGGGGGGAUCCACCCUCCUCCUCUGUGGACGACAAGGAAACAAUCACCGCCACCGGUAAAGGAGUUGUCCUCCAUGGCUGUAGGAAAAUGAAUGAUGUAUCCAUCUAAUAUGUUGUGAAUCGCACAGGAUUGGUGGCGCUGGAUCCAAUGGCACUCUGACGGAGGUGGAGCCUCGAGUCUCCUCCCCGCAAAAGAAACGACCGCGACGAAACCAGCACCAGCCCCGAGUCCGACUUUGCUUCAGUGAGUCCCUCGGCGGCAUCUCAAAGUGUGGCGUCUUGUGUUUGCUCUCCGUCUUGUCUCUUUCUCCAGCUCUUCAUCGUCGUCGUCGUCGUCUGUUGCUGUUUAUUUUUUUGGUUUUUUUCACGGUAGCCGAAAAAGAAGAAAAAUAAUCAUCGACUGCAUUUCAAUCCAUCGACCAAUUUCCGAUUUGUCCUGAAUAAAUCAAACCGAAUCGACAGCUGGAUCGUCGGGCCGCAUCAUGUUUCAUCAUCACCAUCAAAACCUUCCGUCCCAUCACCACGGGGGGAAUCCCAAUUCGGCUGGAGGUGGUGGGGGUGGCGGAAAUGUGAGUCCGUCGACGGCCGACCAGCAGCAUCACAAUUAUUUGGCCUACAUGAGCGGGCGAGCUGCGGCGGCCGCUGCAGCCGUUGCCGUGGCAGCGGCAGGAUCCAGCGGAAGCCUAGCCAAUACGGGCUCAUCCGGCGGGGCUUCGUCGAGCAUGUUGACGGCGACGGCGGCCGGAUCCAGCGGGAGUAGCAGUAUUGGCAGUCCGUCUGGCGGCGGAGUGAAUCAUUUGAACGGCCACAAUUCGGGCGGAUGGGCCUCGACCGAUCACAUGGGCAGCCCCAGUGCUUCAAUGUUUCAUCCAUCAGCUUCAGCCUACAAUUCAUCCGUCAUGUCCGGAAGGUUGGCCUUCUCCUCUUCGUCCGGUUCGACUUCAGCCGCCAUCACCAGUUCGUCCUCUUCCGGCGGCAUUUGCUCCUCAUCGUCGCCAUCCAGCGCUGGAAUGAUCAGUUCGCGCGAUUACAACAGCAACAACAACAACAACAACACCGGCGGAGGUGGUGGCGGCGGCACUGGUUCGUCGUCUACAACUCCCGUCGGGGUUUCAGCCGCUUCAUCCAUUCAUUCGGCCGCCUACUCGACCAUGUCCAUGGCUCUUCCGGCGGCAGCGGCUGCUGCCCUCAGUUCCACCGCAGCUUCGAGUGGCUUCGGCGCCUAUUCCGCCUACCACCACCAUCACCACGCAGCGGCAGCGGCUGCAGCCGCCGCCGCCGCAGCCGCCGCCAACCUGUCGCCCUGGACUCGAGGAGCCUAUCACCAUCCGCACGACGGCUCGUUCCACCAUCAAAGCUUCCAGCACCACUCUUCCUACGUGGAAGAUGCGUCGAGUUAUUUGGAGGGUCGAGAAUGCGUCAAUUGCGGCUCGAUUUCGACGCCGUUGUGGCGUCGCGACGGCACCGGCCAUUACUUGUGCAACGCUUGCGGACUCUACCACAAGAUGAACAACGGAAUCAAUCGACCCCUACUGAAGCCUCCACGCCGACUGAGCGCCACCAGGCGGUUGGGAUUGUGCUGCACCAACUGCGGGACGACGACGACGACCCUGUGGCGUCGCAACGCGGAGGGAGAGCCGGUCUGCAACGCUUGCGGACUGUACCACAAACUGCACGGCGUCAACCGUCCGCUGGCCAUGCGCAAGGACGGCAUUCAAACGCGCAAGCGCAAACCCAAGAGCAAUUCGGCGGCGGCGGCGGCUGCGGCGGCUGUUGCGGCGGCGGCGGCAGCCAAUCACACGAAUUCGGUAGCUGCGGGAGCGGCCUCGAUGGAUCACCAGCACUCUAGCAGCAUUGGCGGAGGCAUUAGUUCACACCACCACCACCACCACCAUCCUCACCAGCACAACGGCUCGUCGUCGUCGUCGUCAUCGAAUCACUUGAUUGGCGGAAUGAAAAUCGACCGGAUGCAGUCGGACUUGCAUUCGAAAUCGACCGAGCGAGAUUUACUGUCUUCCUCAAUGAACCACACGGCUGAUGCCGGCCAGCAACAACAGCAGCAGCAGCAACAACAGGUCCGGCUCCACCACGGCCACGGCCCGAUGAGUCACCACCAGCACCACUAUUUCGGAGCGGCAGCCAAGAGUUUGAAUUUUCCGUCUGUCCACCAUCCGCAUCACCAGUCGGCGGCCGGGGCGGCGCUGGGUGUCCAGCAUUCGCAUCACUUUGCCGUCUCAUCGCCGCAUCAUCACCAGACUUAUAUCAAACAAGAGGCUAGCGCCACCAACCAUCUCAAUGCUUUUUACGACAACUUUGUCAGCAUGACCGGCGGCUCCGCUCCUCAUCAGACGCUGACGACAAAAUUGGCUUAAUCAAUGUGCAAUCAACCCUAUUAUUAUUACAUAUUAUAUUCGAAGAAACAAACAAAAAAAACACAAAAACACAAAAAUUAUCAAGAAUUUUCUCUUUUUUCCCCCUUGAAAUAUUUAAAAUAAUAAUAAAAAGCUUGUUUUUUUUCUUUUUACUUUUGUUUUUUUUGUGGUCAAAAUUGAAAAAGAUUAGUAGCUAGAAAAUCAAUUGUGACAACUGGGGGGAAUGGGAAUAUGUUGUUUAUUAUAUCACUGGUUGCGUUCGUUGUUUCCUUCUUCGUUCUUUCUGAUUUGCGGUUAUAAUAUUGUCCUUUUUUUUAAAUUUGAAUACCGAUAAAUCUUAGAAAACGAUGCAAAAGUUGGUUCAUAUACAUAAAUGUAUUUCAAAAAAUCUGUCUGGUUGUUGUUUUUUUGGUGUACUUCUUCGAUUUGUGACUUGUUGGUGGAUGAUUUGCUGCUUUCAUGGCAAAAUCGUGCAAAAAUAUUUCGUUUUCACGUUCGGUGUAACCAAUAAAUAUGUAAAUCUAA